AUGCGCCUGCUCAGCAGUUUAAACCGAUUGACAGAAGACAAGCAUCAGCGAGAGACGUGACACGGAGCUCCAUAUGCAAUAUUGUGACAAAACAAAAAAUAUGAAAGAAAUGGUGAUUAUCUUGAGCUACUGUAGAUACAACCUGGAGUGAAUAAGAUGUCUAUUGAAGAAGCCAACCAAGGGUUGCCGUUUUGAAGACAGUGAUCUUUUCAUUCGUGGAAAUGGAAUUUGUAUGAGUUUUUGAGUGCCGCAUUUGUAAGCAGACGGAGUGCAGAGAAGAGUGAAUUCAAGCAACAGUAGAGCUGGAAUGUCCUGAGUCAGUCCCCCGGUCCAGAGAACAACUCCCAGCAUCAGCCAGUGCUGAUGGGACCUGCUUCUCCACGAUGAGUCUUCAAGAUGGCGGCUGCGGCUAUGCUAGCGACAAUUUGGCGGCUAUCACGGCCAGCGGCAGCAUGCGGCGGCGCCUGGAGGACCAGGAGUUCACCCUGCGCAUCUACCCUGGCGCCCUGGCCGAGGGCACCAUCUACUGUCCUGUGGGCGCCCGCAAGAACACCACUGCUGCCGAGGCCAUCGAGCGCCUGCUGGAGCGUCUGAGCCUGGACCGUACCAAAUGCUACGUGCUAGCCGAGGUGAAGGAGUUCGGCGGGGAGGAGUGGAUCCUCAACCCCAGUGACUGCCCAGUCCAGCGGAUGAUGCUGUGGCCCCGCAACGCCCUAGAGAAUCGCUGUGGCCUGGGCAGUGGGGAGGACUACCGCUUCCUUCUCCGAGAGAAGAACCUGGACGGUUCCAUCCAUUAUGGAGGCAGUCUCCAGAUGUGGCUGCGCGUGACCGAGGAGCGCCGCCGCAUGGUGGAACGGGGUUUCUUGCCCCAGCCCGCAGGGGGCGAGCACCCGGCCGACCUGUGCGCUCUCCCUGAGCUGACGGAGCACGCCCUGCUGGAGAGCCUCCGCUCGCGCUUCCGGCAGGAGAAGAUCUACACCUACGUCGGCUCCAUCCUCAUCGUCAUCAACCCCUUCCAGUUCCUACCCAUCUACAACCCUAAGUACGUCAAGAUGUACGACAACCACGCUCUGGGAGACCUGGAGCCGCACAUCUACGCCGUGGCGGAUGUGGCCUACCACGCCAUGCUGCAGCGGCGGAGGAACCAGUGCAUCGUCAUCUCUGGAGAGAGCGGCUCGGGAAAGACCCAGAGCACCAACUUCCUGAUUCAUCACCUGACCGCCCUCAGCCAGAAGGGAUUCGCCAGUGGGGUGGAGCAGAUCAUCCUGGGGGCGGGGCCUGUGUUAGAGGCAUUCGGGAACGCCAAGACGGCUCACAACGACAACUCCAGCCGUUUUGGGAAGUUCAUCCAGGUCAACUACCAGGAGAGUGGCACCGUCCGAGGAGCGUAUGUGGAGAAGUACCUACUGGAGAAGUCACGCCUGGUCUACCAGGAGCACAAUGAAAGGAACUACCAUGUGUUCUACUACCUUUUGGCUGGAGCCACUGAGGAGGAGAGGAAGGCCUUCCACCUGCUCAAACCGGAGGAUUACCACUACCUCAACCAGCAGGACUGCUUAACAGUGGAAGGGGAGGACCUGAAGCACGACUUUGAGAGACUGCAACUGGCCAUGGACAUGGUGGGGUUCCUGCCUGCCACACGCAAACAGAUCUUCUCUCUGCUGUCUGCUAUCCUCUACCUGGGCAACAUCCUCUACAAGAAGAAGACCUACAGAGAUGACUCCAUAGACAUCUGUAACCCAGAUGUGCUGCCUACCAUCUCAGAGCUGCUCCAGGUGAAGGAGGAGAUGCUGUUCGAGGCUCUGACCACCAGGAAGACGGUGACUGUGGGAGAGAGGCUGAUCGUUCCGUACAAACUGGCCGAGGCUGGUACUGUUCGGGACUCCAUGGCCAAAUCCCUGUACAGCGCCCUGUUUGACUGGAUCGUGUUCAGGACCAACCAUGCUCUGCUCAACAACAAAGACCUGGAGCACAGUGCCAAGAUUCUUUCAAUUGGAGUGCUGGACAUCUUUGGCUUUGAAGACUACGAGAACAACAGCUUUGAGCAGUUCUGUAUCAACUUGGCCAACGAGAGGCUCCAUCACUACUUCAACCAGCACCUCUUCAAGCUCGAACAGGAGGAGUACAGGGCCGAGAGCAUCAGCUGGCACAACAUCGACUACAUCGACAACACAGGCUGCAUCAACCUCAUCAGCAAGAAGCCCACCGCGCUGCUCCACCUGCUGGACGAAGAGUGCAAUUUCCCCCAGGCCUCGAACCAGACCCUGCUGGACAAGUUCAAACGGCAGCAUGAGGGGAACAGCUACAUCGAGUUCCCUGCCGUCAUGGAGCCCGCCUUCAUUAUCUGCCACUACGCCGGCAAAGUCAAGUACGGCAUCAAGGACUUCAGGGAGAAGAACACUGACCACAUGCGUCCGGACAUCGUGGCCCUGUUGAAGAGCAGUAAGAACGCCUUCAUCUGUGGCCUGAUGGGCAUCGACCCGGUGGCCACCUUCCGCUGGGCCGUCCUCAGAACCUAUUUCAGAGCCAUGGUAGCCUUCAGGGAGGCUGGGAAGAGACACGCCGACAAGAAGACUGUGAAUGAUGCUGCUGUACCGUGUGUUGUCAAGAGCGUGGACAGCUUCAGCUUCCUCCACCACCCUGUGCACCAGAGGAGCCUUGAGAUCCUGCAGAGAUGCAAAGAUGAGAAAUACAAUAUCACUCGAAAGAAUCCCCGGACCCCCUUGUCAGACCUCCAGGGCAGCAACACACUGAUGGAAAAGCCCACCAGGGAUGGUUAUGGCGUGGGCUGUAACGGGCGCCGGUCCAGACAGGGUGGUCUGUCCUCCUCUGGCGCAGAGUUUGCUGACGGCAUCUUCUUCAACUCUACUGGCAGCAAGCUGCUGGAGAGGGCACAGAGCAUCCUCAUGCGGAACAAAAACUACAAGUCCAAGCCCAGCUUACCGAAGCACCUGUUGGACGUGAAGUCUCUGAGGUACCUGAGCAGCGUGACCCUCCACGACCGCAUCACUAAGUCCCUCCUCCUCCUGCACAAGAAGAAGAAAACACCCAGCAUCAGCGCCCAGUUCCAGGCCUCUCUCAACAAGCUGAUGGAGACCCUGGGUCAGUCGGAGCCCUACUUUGUCAAGUGUGUCCGCUCCAAUGCAGAGAAGCUCCCCCUGCGUUUCAAUGAUGCCCUUGUGCUCAGGCAGCUGAGGUACACAGGCAUGCUGGAGACCGUCCGCAUCCGCCAAUCAGGAUACGCCAUCAAAUACACCUUCCAGGACUUUGUGCGUCACUUUCGUGUGCUCUUACCAGACAUCACGAGACCAACCAAGUCUGGCAUCAGGGAGUUCUUUCGUCAAGUUCAUCUAGCACCCGCUGGGUAUCAAGUGGGCAACACAAUGGUGUUCCUGCGGGAUGCGGAGCGUCAGCGGCUGCAAGCUCUGCUCCACAAGGAGGUGUUAGGGCGCAUCGUCACGCUGCAGCGCCGCUUCCGAGCCCGGCUGGAGAGGAAACACUUCAUCAACAUGAGACAUGCCGCUGAUGUCAUCCAGCGAUGGUGGAGGGGCUGCCUACUCAGACAGUUGGAGGCUGCAGUGGACCCAGCCGUCCAGGAGGAGGCAGCAGAGGACCCAGCCGUCCAGGAGGAGGCAGCAGUAGACCCAGCCGUCCAGGAGGAGGCAGCAGUAGACCCAGCCGUCCAGGAGGAGGCAGCAGUAGACCCAGCCGUCCAGGAGGAGGCAGCAGUAGACCCAGCCGUCCAGGAGGAGGCAGCAGUAGACCCAGCCGUCCAGGAGGAGGCAGCAGUAGACCCAGCCGUCCAGGAGGAGGCAGCAGUAGACCCAGCCGUCCAGGAGGAGGCAGCAGAGGACCCAGCCGUCCAGGAGGACCCAGCAGUGGACCCAGCCGUCCAGGAGGACCCAGCAGUGGACCCAGCCGUCCAGGAGGACCCAGCAGUGGACCCAGCCGUCCAGGAGGACCCAGCAGAGGACCCAGCCGUCCAGGAGGACCCAGCAGUGGACCCAGCCGUCCAGGAGGAGGCAGCAGUAGACCCAGCCGUCCAGGAGGAGGCAGCAGUAGACCCAGCCGUCCAGGAGGAGGCAGCAGUAGACCCAGCCGUCCAGGAGGAGGCAGCAGUAGACCCAGCCGUCCAGGAGGAGGCAGCAGUAGACCCAGCCGUCCAGGAGGAGGCAGCAGUAGACCCAGCCGUCCAGGAGGAGGCAGCAGUAGACCCAGCCGUCCAGGAGGAGGCAGCAGUAGACCCAGCCGUCCAGGAGGAGGCAGCAGAGGACCCAGCCGUCCAGGAGGAGGCAGCAGUAGACCCAGCCGUCCAGGAGGAGGCAGCAGUGUGCCUGCAGGCAUCGUGGAGGGGCUACAGGCAGUGCAGGCAGUUCCUGCAGUGGCGGGCCUCUGCCCUGAUAAUACAGAGGCGCUGGAGAAACUGCAUCCAGCACAGGGCUCUGGCGGCCAUUACGGUGCAGACAGCCUGGCGCGUCUACAGAGAGAGAGCCCACCACCGUAGCACACGUGGUGCAGUUAUGCUGCUACAGGCAACCUGCAGGGGCUACAUGGCACGCCUGAGGUUCACAGAACUAAAAGAGCAGAGUCGGCAGGAAAAGCAGUUGCUCAAUGGACAAAGUAGCCCCACCACAGAAGAAGAGAAGGCAGAUAGGACCAUGGGCCUGGAUACGGACAUCUCGGAGGACCAUGUCGUCGAGAUCACCCACCAUCAUGGCAUCCAAGAUGUCUCCACGGUCUGGCCUACUGAAGACUCUAAUGAAUCUAGGUGGAAGUGUUUGUUGGAAGAGGAAGAGGAUAGAGAGAGCGAGAGAAGACCGUGUAUAGACGAGUCCAGCAGACAGAGUAUAGAGCCCAGCAGCCACAAGACACGGGCCAAGAGACAGAAUCGGCGUAUGAGGGAGCUGGAGCAGACCCAGUUCAGCCUGGAGCUACUCAAGGUGCGGACCCACAGAACGGGAGGGACUCUGCCAGAAGAGGAGACCCAUGUACCCCCGUGUCCGGACAGCAUCUCCUGUCCCCUUGACGACCACCAACACCACCGGCCCUCCUCCCCUGAUAGCCACGGGAGCACCUCCAUAGACGUCGAGGUGGAGGCGGGAGGUUACCCCGGUUACCAUGUUAACCAGUCAGCGCCGCUCCGGACUUCUUCCCAAGAGGAUUCGGUCAGACCAGGGCCUCCCAUUCACACCCCCACAGAGUCCCAGUCCCAUGAGCACCCAGAGGUGGUAAAACAGAAUGAUCUGAGCCCCGGGACAGAGGAGCUACCGCCCAUGCUACUGCCCCCUAUCAAGGAGGUGGUAAAACAGAAUGAUCUGAGCCCCAGGACAGAGGAGCUACCGCCCAUGCUACUGCCCCCUAUCAAGGAGGUGGUAAAACAGAAUGAUCUGAGCCCCAGGACAGAGGAGCUACUGCCCCCUAUCAAGGAGGUGGUGACGGAGGCUACACAAUCCACCGUCUACAUCCCCCCUGAGGACCACAGCAGUGAGCCCAAGCCUAAGCAACAGAGCCCCAACAAGCGUGUGAAGGAGAGGAGAGAGUCCUCCUCUCGAGGGCCCGUGGUGGUUGUCAUCAGUAUGCAGAAGGAGACCCUGCUGGACGAAGGGGAACUGCGGGCGGCAAAAGCCCAGGAGAGUGCACUCCAGAUGGGUGUAACCCCUGCAACAUUCUCCCCUACACCCAUCGCUGGCCUGGAAGUAUCAGAGAAGACCCAGCCGCCUUGGACUGUUACCAAACCUCCGAGAGACUUAGCUGGGGUCGAAGUGUCUAGCUUGGUGGCCUCCUCCAACUCCAGCCAUGGCCUUUGUCCUUCCGAGGUAGAUAUCCAGAUAGUUCUGGAGCCCAAGGCCCCCGCUGGUGAAGUCCCUCCCAGCCAGCAGGAGAGGAAGGUGGGCAGGCCAGCGCAGGACAACUGGGUCUCCACCGACAGGAUCCUGGAGAGCAGGGAAGCAGCCUUGGCAUCACAGAAGAAAACUCCGACCAAGACCAUCAUUGUCAAUAUGACUGAGAAGCCGCCCUCCAACGUCACGUUCUCACCCCGACGCAAGCUCCCCUUCUCCAAGUCUGAUAAGGACCUGGUGAACAAGGAAUGGUCGUUGGCCUCUGUCUCUAGAGCCACCACUGGACAGACUGCCAGAGAGGCUGCUCACAAGGAAGUGCAGAAGAGCAUCCAUAAGACCAUGUCUUCAGGAGACCUGGGAAAGGUAGCAACGCUUAGGAAGACAUCCAGUCAGGAUGGAAGCAGAGUACGAGGGAAGAUACGGUUCUGGAGCAAGACCAAGCAUGCAGAGAAGAAGCUGUCUAGAGACAAGCAGCAGGCCACACAGAGAGACGGCACUGACAAGAUAGACGGAACAACGUCUCCCCCCCACAGUCCCAACCUGAUGGGGACCAGGGGACGGGAGACCAAGGAGAACAAGGAGCCCUCUCCCAAAGUGAGGCGGAGGCGCAGCGUCAAGAUCAGCAGCGUGGUCCUAGAGCCCGCCCAGUGGGGGAACGACGCGCUGCACAUCCUCACCAGCACCCACGACUACAGGAGCAUGAACGACUUUCUCAUGAAGAAGAUCAGUGACCUGGACUCGGAGGACUGUCAGAAGGACACCUUGGUGGACGUGGUCUUCAAGAAAGCUCUGAAGGAGUUCCGCCUCAACAUCUUCAACUCCUACUCCACCGCCCUGGCUAUGGAUGACGGUAAGAGUAUCCGUUAUAAGGACCUAAUACUGUUUGAACACAUCCUGGAGAAGAGCAUGCGGCUGUCUUCCAUAGAACAGAGGGACUGGAGCUAAUUAUCUCUGGUCUGGGUCAACUACUUUACAUAGUAAUACUUCCUGGAUGAGUUCAUGACCGACUUUAAGCCCAUGGACUGCACCAUCAUCAAGGCCUCCAAACCAGAACGUAAGAAGAGGAGGAAAAAGGAAUCUGACAUUGUUGAGGAGCACAAUGGCCACAUCUUCAAGUCCACCCAGUACAGCAUCCCCACCUACUGCGAAUACUGCUCCUCUCUCAUCUGGAUGAUGGACAGGGCCUGCGUCUGCAAACUGUGUCGGUACGCCUGCCAUAGAAAGUGCUGCUCCAGGAUGACCACCAAAUGUAGCAAAAAGUACGACCUGGAGCUGUCGUCCAGGCAGUUUGGCGUGGAGGUGUCUCGUCUGACCAGCGAGGAGAGGACCGUGCCCCUGGUGGUGGAGAAGCUCAUCAACUACAUCGAGAUGCACGGCCUCUACACUGAGGGCAUCUUCAGGAAGUCUGGCUCCACCAAUAAGAUCAAAGAGCUGCGGCAGGGGCUGGACACAGAUGUGAGCAGCAUGAACCUAGACGACUACAACAUCCACGUCAUCGCCGGCGUGCUCAAACAAUGGCUCCGUGACCUGCCCAACCCUCUGAUGACCUUUGAACUGUACGAGGAGUUCCUCCGGGCAAUGGGCCAGCCAGACCAGAAGGAAGUAAUCCGAGGGGUGUACUCUGUGAUCGACCUGCUCAGCAGAACCCACCUGAGUACCCUGGAGCGCCUCAUCUUCCACCUGGUCAGGAUCGCCCUUCAGGAAGACACCAACCGUAUGUCGGCCAAUGCCCUAGCCAUCGUGUUCGCCCCCUGCAUCCUCCGCUGCCCCGACACCAUCGACCCCCUGCAGAGUGUCCAGGACAUCGGCAAGACCACCGCGUGUGUGGAGCUGAUCAUCGGAGAACAGAUGGAUAAGUACAGGGCCAGACUGAAGGACAUCAACAGUCUGGAGUUUGCUGAGAACAAGGCCAAGAGCAGACUGACACACAUCAGGAAGUCCAUGGGCAAAGGUCGUCUGCGGAGGGGUAGCAGCCACCACACGCCCUCCCCGCCCCUCAGCCCCAGAGUGCUCCCGGUUGUGGACGGGGAGAGCGCAGAGGAGGAGAGGGCAGAGCCAGGGCUGACAGAACAGCAGCAGGCCACCAUGCAGCAGGAAGAGAGGGUCCUCACGGAGCAGAUUGAGGGCCUGCAGAGAGAGAAGGAGUUAACGUAUGAGAUGUUGAUCUUGGAGCCGCGGGCGUCUGAUGACGAGACUCUGGAGUCAGAAGCCUCGAUAGGAACAGCAGACAGCUCUGAGAAACUCAACAUGGACCCUGAAGGAGCCGCCUUCAACCCCUCUGGCACCUAUCACUCCCGGAAGUCUGAAGCAAAGAGCCGGCGCUGCCUCCGGAGACAACCCGACUCGGUCGACUCCUCCUCCUCCUCCUCCUCCUCCAUUAUACCUCAAUCCCCCAACUACCGCUUCCGCUCCUCCUCCUCCGGCCCCCUACUCUGCUCCUUGGGCCUAGAAGCCCCCUUAGUGGAGUCCGAGGGGGACCCGAGUGGCACUGUGGGGGUGAAGAGUCGCCACCGUCUCAGGUUGAGUAGAAGCUCGCCGCGCGAGGCCCCUGAGGGCCACAGGAGGGAGUCAGACUUCAGCUCACUGCCCCAACAGCUGGUUCUGUAUGGCAGUAACGAGUUUAUGGUAUGAGGGAGAGUUGCAGUGGAGACAAGACAUCCGAACCGCCUUCCAUCCUCCAUACCAAUAGUGUGUAAGGGGAGAAAGAGGGAGGGAGGAAGUGAAACAGGGCUGGAAUGGGUCAUGUGGGCAUCCAUCUCGCACUGCUGUCCUUCUCUAGCUCUGUCCAUCUCUAUCCUCCUUCUCAGUGCCCGGAGGAACGCCACCCUUCCCAUGAUGCAGUUGGGUGCCGUCCUCUCGGCGGGAGAAGUGAAAGUGAAAGGUGAUGGAGAAACAAAAAGAGAGAUGGAAUGAUGAAUGGAUGAAAGAAGGAGGAAGCCUCAGAACUGAGAUGGAGGACUGGCAGGAAGCUGUAAAGGAAUAAAACAGUGACUAAACGCCAGAAAGCAAGUGAGUGAGGAAAGGAUGAGGGUAGCCGCCUUGACUCACCUGACCUUUGACUUCCAAGCCCCUCGACCCCUGCUGGAUCCUCGGGGGGGCAAUGGGGGGCUGGAGAUAAGAAAAGAGAGAAGCAAGUAGACAGCGCCUUCUUUUGAACGCAGGUCUACGGUGGCUUGAGCCAGAGUCACUGACUGAGAGGACUAUCGGCCAUUUUGAUACGAGCCACUCAGCUACUCUCCGGCCAUUUUGAUACAAGCUACUCAGCUACUCUCCGAGUCUUUUUGAUACAAGCUAUUCAGCUACUCUCCGGGCCAUUUUGAUACAAGCUACUCAGCUACUUUCGCGUCCGCUUUCACGUUUACACAAUACAACCUGUCCAUGAGGUCGCAUGCUCCUUCAUGACACUUGUUUCCUAUGCCAGUUAAAGAGACUAUGGCGAUGAUGUGUUAUAAAUAUGUAUUAUGUGACUUAAUUGUUAUGUUAUUAAAAAUAUAUAAAUGGAAGGAACUCCAAUGCUGGGGUCGUUCGAUGUUUAUAAUAA